CUGAUUAUUACAAAAAGGGAGUCAUCAAGGGUCUUUGUUGUCAAUUUCAUGAAUUGAAAAUUUAAUUAGAGAUUUUUAUCUUUUAAAAUCAAUACAUAUUUAUUCAAAAUGUACAGCUAAUCGUCUUUAAAUGUAAGCCCUUUGGGCUGUGGUAAUUUCAACGUCAUGCCUAGCAAAAGACGUUACGGCUACAGAUCCAGAAGGGACCGAACAGAAGUCAGUUGCUGCAUCAAAUAUUUGAUGUUUGGAUUUAAUGUUUUGUUCUGGGUAAUUGGAUUGUUACUGUUAGCUAUUGGACUGUGGGCCUGGUCAGAGAAGGAUGUAUUUCACAAUGUGACCAGACUGACCAACCUCGCCUUAGACCCUGCUCUAGUGUUUAUAGUUGUGGGCAUGUCCAUGUUCUGUAUGAGCUUUACUGGCUGUGUUGGUGCACUCAGGGAGAAUACAUGUCUCUUAUUGUUUUUUAUGAUCUCACUUGGCAUUAUGUUUUCAUUUGAGCUUCUGGUUGGAAUUCUGGGAUUCGUUUACAAAGAUUGGGUGCGAGAUUCCAUUCAAACUCAAGUGAAGUACAUGAUCAUCAACUAUAGGGAUGACCUAGACCUGAACAAUUUUGUGGACUGGGUACAGAGAGAUUGGCUUAAUUGCUGUGGAGUUCAAAAUUUUCGUGACUGGGAAGCCAACAUCUACUUUAACUGUUCCUCUCCAGGAGUUGAAGCUUGUGGCGUGCCUUUUUCUUGCUGUAAACCCAAGGCAGAGGAAGAGUUAACUAACCGACACUGUGGAUUUGAAAUAAUGAAAUCUGAUCAUGAAUUUGAUAGAGCAACUAGAAUCAACACUAUUGGCUGCAUCCCAGCUGGUGAGAAAUGGCUGGAGACCAAUCUGAUUCCAGUAGCUGGUGCAGCUGUUGGUGUGGCACUACUGCAGAUACUAGGGAUUUGCUUUGCCCAAAAUCUUAGGAGUGAUAUUCAGUCGCAGAAAGCCAAGUGGACUCUAUGACAAGGGGUCGAGGUCUAGUCACUUUUUUUUUCAAGAAGCAGCAGGUUGAUUUUAAAUCGUUAUUACUAUUUGGACUUUGUUAUUGGUUCGUUUGGGUCUUUUGUCACUAGCAAGAUAUUCAACUUUUUAAAAAAUCAAAUAUUGAAUUUAAAAUUUGCUUUCCUAAGAUUUUUUGAAUUAGUAGUGAUAUUUACCAAACCUCUAAAUUGUAAAACAAACAAAUCUUCUACUUACUUAUUUUGUCAAGAACUAACUUUUAAUUAUUUUAAAUUUAAAAAAUUGAUUUGUAGACUGUUUCACAUCUAAAUCAGCUUUAGAAGGAAAAAUUAAAAUUUUAAAUCUAAUUAUUGUAUUAACCAUUUCUUGAAUCAAUUAAUUUUUCAGUCUUCAUUGUUUGGUUUGUUUGUAACAUUACAAAUUAAUACCUUUGUUUUAUCUUUGUAAACUAUUAAAUUAGUUAAUGCUAAAUUGUACAUUAUUGACUCAUUUCUCUGACCCUCUUUCAGCCAGUACUGAUGUGUUGGCACUGAAUUGAGCAUCAAACCAUACUUAUUAAAUUUUUUUGCCAAGAAGAGCUCUAUUGCAAUAAACCAAAUGUCUGCUGCUAACUUCAAUGACAAAGCUUAAUACUGUCAUUAUGACUAGACCUCGGAACAACAAUAAUUUUUUUUUUUUUUGCUCAUCAUCCGUCUCACUUUCUUUUCCUGUGACCUUGACACUACCUUCUCUGACCGUAACCUUACCAUCUGAGUGUCUCAGCUAGUUAGUCUUAACUUUUUUUUUCUCCUCCAUUCAAUCGCAUGUGACUUCAUUGUUCAAUGUGCUUUAGUUUAGAUAUUUUCUGGAAGAGGAAAUGAAAUCUGUAAAUAAAUGUUGUAUUGUUAUCAGGGUACAGUUCAACUGAGUGUUAAGUACAUAUGUCAUGCAUGACUAGCAACACAGGAUGUACAAAUUAAGAUGACAAUUAUGAAGUAUAUAUUAUUAUCUGUGGAAUAUAUUGAUUCCCUUUUGUUUGUACAUAAGAAGGAUAUAUUUGUAUAAUAUUAACUAAUCAUAAUUUUGUUUCCAGUGUAUAAUUAAUUAUGACCUAAUUGUGUUCUUGUCUUGUUUCUUUUUUAUUAAACUUAUAAUUAGUUUAAUGGGUCCGGAGUGUUCACAUUUUUAUAACAUUAUAUUUAAUAACUAUAGUAUACAAAAUGGUAUUUUGUUUCUUUUUUUUUUUAGAAAACUCUACAAACCUACUAAUAAUAACUGUGAAUUAAAAAAGACAACAUUUAAAUGGUUUUGUUCUUAAUGUCUUGACUUUGAAUAUGUACAUAACUUAUGGAACAGAAAAGAUAUGACUUCUUCUGUCAGCUAGGACUAUAGGAAUAAACUAUGCUUGUUUUUUUUUUUUACUUCCUUAGUCUAAAGUUAGUUGUUUUUUUUUUUCUGUAGUUUUGAGUCAAAGUUUAACCUUUUGAAUGAAAUUGUAUUUCUUACUACAUACACACUGUUAUGAAUCCUGAUUGAUCACUGAGCAUUGGAACAAAACAAUUUUACUUGUUUCAAUCAGAUAUUCUUGAUUUCUAUUUAUAUAUAUAUAAUAAAUAAUUUUUUAUUUUUUUUUACAUUUGUUCUUGUGCUCUGUUUAACCUUCAAACUCCUAAAGUGCAACAUUUUACAGUUUUGAGAAAUUAAUUGUACACUAGUAUUUUAUAUAUUGUAUUUAUUUGUUUAAUGUGAUACUUUAAAAACCAAACACUAUUUCAUAACUUUUAUCUUCCUGUUUGUAUUACUGUAUGCUUUGCCGUUUGAUACACAUUUGUUAGUUUUGUAUUUAUGUUAACUAUAUUUCAGAUAUUUACUUUUUUUCUAUGCAUUGGUCUAAAUCCACUAUGAAUUAUACAUACAAUAUUUGUGCUAAUUCGUUUUUUAAAUUAAAAUUAUUUUAUUUCUGCUUUUAUAUAUAUAUAAAUAUAUUGUUUAAAUCAUAUAUUUAUAUAAAUACAGUUUACUUUAAACAAAUAUUGAAACAGAGAUUUAUAUUAAUUAAAAGAAAACUAUUUGGGUAACAAAGUUUGAAAUCAAUGUUUGACAAACUUACUUUGUAUGUUUAUACAAGAAGAAGAAGAAGGAAUUAUCUUCAGGUCUUAAGUUUAAGGGUAAAUGUUGUAAUGGAAUAAAUGUCAUUCAACUGAACAGUUAGUUAAUAAACAACAAUUGUGCAACACAGAUAAUAUUUAGUAAUAACCUAAUUACAAAUUAACAAGAUAUAUCAAUGAAUGCCAAACAAGAAUCGUGGUUGUUUAACAUUGCAUUAGUAAUUGUACAAAUGGCACACCUUCACAUGCUACUCCAUCUCGGCAACUUUGUACUCAACAAACAACACUAGAUAAAGUCAUGGCUCCAAGGGCGAGAAGAUGACACUCUUCCUCAUAGCCCCAAGCCUAACACCCUGAAAUAAAAGAGAACCUAGAUCUAGCGAUGCCGCUACAUCACAGAAUUUCUCAUCAGCGACACUCGUACCAUAUGGUCAACCUACUUACUACAUCUAUGUACUUACGUACCGUUAAAAUGGGAAAGAACUGUAACGAAACCAGUUUAAAAGAUCUCUCCACUGCAAAGGAACUAAGCGUGACACACAAUAUUCUUGACAACAAAAUGCACCCAAUACAAACUACUUCCUUUACAUUAAAACACACCUAUUGAACACGAAAAGAAAACUUCACGCGCACACGACAAAUGUAGCAUUUGAUACAAUUAUAAUUCUAUAUUGUUGUUUUAAAAAGUAGACAAAAUAUUUUUUGUAUAUUAACUUUAACAGUUAAAAUGUAAUAUGUCUUUUUUUUUUAGGAUUUAAAAAAAAAUAAAAAAUCUGACAUUAAAUUUGUAAUAUUUUAGAUACAAUUUUGAUCUUAAAGGUUUUUUUUAAAUUCAAGCAUCUAGCACUAUGUAAAAGUUUUACCGUUAAACUUUUGUAUUUUUUGCUUAGUUAUUUUUUUUUAUUCAAAUAUCUAGCAUAAUGUAAAAAGUUUUACUGUUCAACUUGUUUAUUUCAUACCUAUUUUUGAUGUUAGACAAAUGUUAGGUGAGAGACACUUUCAUUUUACUCUUUGAAAUGAUUGCCAUUUACAGUGUUUAUUCCAUUUGAACCAUUGUUUUUAUUUACUUAUAGACCUUGAACUGCACAAAUAUUAUUUAUCAUACCAUGGCUCAAAAUAGAAGACUUACUUAAUGAUAACCAAUUUUUUUAUAGGCUCAGUUCAUUUCUUGUUUUUUGUGUUUUUUUUUUUUUUUAAUUUCGUCUAAUUUCUUGUUCAAAUUACUGUCUGAUAUUACUAAUGGUGUUUAUUGUGUGCUAAUUAUUGCAAAAUGAAUUAAAUGUGAUAAAGAUUUCUUACUGAAUGAUAAUGUACAAAGUUUUAAGUUGUUUCAUGAAAAUCUGUUCAAAAGAAUUUUGAUUUCAAGAAAAUCAAAAGUAAUAGAGUAAAUUGUAUUAUUUUUUUAUUUUACUUCUUUAUUUUGUGUUUGUGCCAUGGAAAGUCUCACUUAGCAUGUUCAUUUAUUGUACUAGAGUUUUGUGUUUGAAAUAGAGUGACUUUGAAAGGAAUAUUACUAGAGUCCAAAAAGUUUAAAACAAAAAAACAAUUUAUCAAGAUUUAUGCAUAAAUAUCAGAAUAGCACUGGUCAACAUAAGUUCAUGUAUAAAUAUACACAUCUGAUUCACUACUCAUCCAGCAUGUCUUGUAUUUAAUACUAGCAUAUCCUACAUACUAACUUAUAUUUGACUGUUGCUGCUCAGUCUGGUUCCAUGAGAUAGUAAGUGAUCCAAAGCUCUUUUUCAAUACACUUACCAACUUCAUCCCUUACCCUAUGUUAUCUGCUAGUUUCAUUGCAUUUCACAGCAGCUGAUGUAACCAAAGGAUUGGCAAGUGCUGAUACAGUUUGAGAUCAGCAGCAUCACAGGCUCUGUGUGGUGCAAGCUGCUGUGUGGUUGACAUUGUUCCAGCUAAAGCUAAUGCCCAGGCACUCAUCUUUUCUUCAUUAGAUUAUCCAGUCCUUUCAUGAUUGAAGGAAGCCAUACAUUGCAUUACAGUGAAUUCUUUUCUCUGAGAAAACUCAGCUGUUGUAUAAUCAAUGAAUAGAAAUACAUGAUACAUGCAGCUACUAUUUUUAUAUUAAUAAAGGUUUCUUUUUGUACAGACAGGGAGCACCUUGGUAUUGGUAGAUAGUGGUUUUAAACCAAAAAAAAAAAUACCAAUAGUCUUUUACGUAAAGCUGUAAAAUUAUAAUUUUGUUAUGAAAAAUAGUAGUAAUUUUAAAGUGCUGCAAAAAAUGUAACACCAUUCUACUUCAUAAACCUAAAAUAUCAAACAAUCUUAAAUUUUCAAUCCAAUUUAUACAUUUUCUUCAAAUCAUGUCCUGCAGACUGGGCCACCAUUCUAUUAUUCUAAGAAGCUUGCAUGUUGUAUGUAUUGCUCACACCUUCUUGAAAUUAUCAAUUUACCCAGAAGAAGAAAAAAAAUGAUCUUGCUGUCCUACUUUUGAACUUUGCGUAAUUGACCUCUUUACUGGCAGCUAAUUUGUGUGUGUGUGCAUGUCAAGUUGAUCCCAGCAUGCAAGUGGCAAGCUUGCCCAGCACUGUAGUAGACACACAGUUGGUCAUGCUGAGUAGUUGUUUUUUUUUGACUUAAUAAUGUUAAGAAUAAAAGGGGAAAAGUUAUUUUCAAUAUGCGUUAUCUAGAUCAAGAUACAGACUGGAUCCCAGUAUAUUAGCUGUUGUUUUAUAUCAUGCAUAUACAAGUAAAGCUAUUCUACAAGCACAUGACUCCAAAUUAAAUGUGAUCAAAUAUCCAAUAGAAGGCAUCUAUAAAUGAAUAUUAUUUGUAGUUGUGCUGAAAUAUCUAUGUAGUAGUCUUAUCAGCAUACUUAAUAUGUAGAUUGAAAAUGUCUUUGUUGUAUAUUUAACACUUUUACUGGUCACCUAGUAAUUCAGAUAAAUGUAAUUAUAUUUGGUUUGAAAAAUGGUUUUAUAAUUUAGUUUAUGUGUUCAACUUAUGGACACAGAAUAAUGCUUAGAAACAAAUGUGAACUUUUUUUAUUUGCUUUGCUGUGACAAUUCCAAGGGAAAUAAAUGUAAACAGUACAUUCUAACAAUAGCCCAUGAACUGGAGCAGUAGGCUGAAGACUUAGUAACAGUCUAAUCAUAUUUUGCAUUUAUCUUUUAUGCAGCGUUCUGGAAAUUGAUUUAUAAAGAUGCUACCAUUUGUAUUUAUUUUUUAAAUGACAAUUUUGUGUGUGCAAUAAAUUUAGGAUGUUAUUUUAUCUUUUUUUUUUUAAUCUAUUUAUUUAAUGUUGUCUGCUACACCUUCUUUGCAAUCAUGUCCAGUGGUCAAGACGCCACCUUUUAUGUAAUGGGGUAAAAUUGCAGAGAAUAUUACUAGUUCAGGAAGCCAACCUUUUUCUACCCUGCCCUUGAAAACCACUGCUCUAGUAUUUGUCUCUGUAACUUUUGCUAAAUUGAACUGCAUCUAUUAUUUACUCACCUGUUUGAUUGUUUUCUAUUUCAAUAUUUUACAAAGUGUAUUAUGAUGAUUUCAGAGAUUAAAAACAAAUAUAUUUCAAUCAAAUAA